AUGGUAUACUCAUCAUCUUCCAUGUCAAACACUAAUAUUCGUCGGCGUAGUGUUCCAAUUACAAUACAGAAAAGCAGAAUGGAUGGUUUUGCCGAAGCCAACCAACUUCUCUCAUCAGCCUUGGAACAGUUGGACGAUAUAAUUCGGAAUGGAAAUUCAACUUCACGAAGUACAACAACGAUUGGCUCGGCUGGGCCCACGCCAAUCAUCAAAAAGUCGUUUCGAGACCUUCUCCCACCGCCGCCAGCUCUCAGGUCGACAUUUUCGCCGAGAAUAAUGGAAAAUGGUCAUUCGAAUCUUGCUCACAAGCAGCACAUUAAUGAUGAUAUCGACAAUGGGAAUGCAGAUGAUGAGCGAUCUAGUCGCGAGAUAAAUCGACAGUGGAUCAGCACAGAUUGGAAGCACAGAACAGACUUGGGUUCCGACGGUUCAUCAGGAGUUGAAUCGCCACCAUCAGAUCUUCCAACUUCUUCAUCAUCACUGUUCAGCCCGCCACGUGUCUACCAGGAAUUUGUGAAAGCAAUUGACGAGCAAACAAUGACGGAGAGACCCGAUUUGGAAACUCGACUGAAAAUUAUGCAAUGGGUUGCUGGAAGGACGAGCCCAUCGCCUUCGAUGUCGACCGUUUCGUGCCCGGAAUAUCCCGAGUUGCAAGACAAAUUGCACCGAUUAGCAAUGGCUAGAGACAGUUUACAAUUACAGGUAUCAGUGUUAAGCGAGCAAGUGGGCGCGCAAAAGGAGAAAAUCAAAGAUUUGGAGACGGUGAUAGCAUUGAAACGAAACAACUUGACGUCAACAGAAGAAUUAUUGCAAGAUAAGUACCAUCGUAUCGAUGAGUGUCAAGAGCUUGAGUCGAAGAAAAUGGACCUGUUGGCGGAGGUGUCGUCCCUGAAACUGCGUUACGCCACUUUGGAGCGUGAGAAAAACGAAACCGAGAAGAAACUGCGUCUCUCACAGAACGAAAUGGACCAUGUGAACCAAUCGAUGCAUGGUAUGGUUGUCCAACAACAACUUGCACACCAUACGAAUGGUCAUAGUUCCGGUGGGUACAUGUCACCACUUCGUGAACAUCGUAGUGAGAAGAAUGACGACGAAAUGUCUCAACUUCGGACGGCGGUUCAGAGGCUAAUGGCUGAUAAUGAGCACAAGUCUCUGCAAAUCAACACGCUGAGGAAUGCACUCGAUGAGCAGAUGAGAUCAAGGUCUCAACAAGAAGAUUUCUACGCAUCACAGCGGAAUUACACAGACAACUUCGACGUUAACGCCCAAAUCCGUCGAAUCCUCAUGGAUGAGCCCUCGGAUUCGAUGUCCCACUCCACCUCAUUCCCUGUCAGCCUCAGCUCCACAACCAGCAAUGGAAAAGGCCCUCGGAGCACAGUUCAAUCAUCCUCCUCGUACAACUCUUCACUUUCUGCAGUUUCUCCGCAACAUAAUUGGUCAUCGGCUGGUGCUGGUACACCACGCCAGUUGCAUCCUAUUGGUGGUAAUCAACGGGUUAAUAAUAUCACUUCUGCACAAUAUUGCUCACCAUCACCUCCGGCUGCUAGACAGUUGGCUGCUGAGCUCGAUGAACUUCGAAGAAAUGGAAACGAAGGUGCGAAUCACAACUACUCCUCUGCGAGUCUACCCAGAGGUGUAGGAAAGGCAUCAUCAACGUUAACCCUACCAUCGAAGAAGCUCUCGGUUGCAUCAGGAACAUCUGUUGGUGAGUUGGGCGGCUCAAUGAGCAGCGUUGCACAGCCGACGCCCAAACGAAAUUACCGAGCACAAAUGAACCGAUGGAUCAACGAAAAGUUGCGGCGGAAGCGCGCAGUCAGUGCGCCGAAUCUAGUUGAAUCAGAUGAUGAGAUUGCAAGAGGUCGAAAUUUGAAUAACGCAACAUCUCAGUCCAAUUUGAAGAAUUUCUCGCGUGAGCGCACGAGAUCGUCACUCCGCAAUAUAUUCAGCAAAUUGACUCGUUCAACAUCUCAAGAUCAGAGCAAUUCGUUCCGUCGAGGUAGUGCUGCUCGAUCAACUUCCACUGCGCGGUUAGGAUCCACAAAUCAUCUUGGCACCGUGUCAAAGCGACCACCACUUUCUCAGUUUGUUGAUUGGAGGUCAGAACAACUUGCCGACUGGAUUGCUGAAAUUGGAUAUCCACAGUACAUGAAUGAAGUGUCUAGACAUGUCAGGAGUGGCAGACACUUUUUGAAUAUGAGCAUGAACGAGUACGAGGGGGUUCUGAAUAUUAAGAAUCCAGUUCAUAGGAAACGAGUGGCGAUUUUGUUGCGAAGGAUCGAAGAAGAUAUCAUGGAACCUGCGAAUAAAUGGGAUGUUCAUCAAACACUUCGGUGGCUGGAUGACAUUGGCCUACCGCAAUAUAAAGACGUUUUUGCUGAGAAUGUAGUCGAUGGUCCGUUAUUACUGUCUUUGACUGCAAACGAUGCUGUGGAAAUGAAAGUUGUGAAUGCACAUCAUUAUGCAACUCUUGCAAGGAGUAUUCAGUUCUUAAAGAAAGCAGACUUCCGAUUUAACGCCAUGGAAAAACUAAUUGAUCAGAACAUUGUCGAAAAAUAUCCAUGUCCUGAUGUUGUGGUACGGUGGACUCACUCUGCAACAUGCGAAUGGCUUAGGAAAAUUGAUUUGGCCGAGUUCACACAAAAUCUGCUGUUUGCUGGAGUGCCAGGAGCGUUGAUGAUAUAUGAACCAUCAUUCACUGCCGAAUCCCUUGCGGAAAUCCUACAGAUGCCUCCGCAUAAGACGCUUCUCCGACGUCACUUGACAUCGCAUUUCAAUCAACUUCUCGGCCCGAAGAUUAUUGCCGAUAAGCGAGAUUUUCUAGCAGCCGGCAACUAUCCGCAAAUCUCCCCGACAGGAAGGGUAAAGGUCGUCAAGAAAGGAUUCUCGUUGACUAGAAAAAAGGCAAAGAAUGAGAUUUGCUUGGAGCCAGAAGAGCUGCUUUGUCCACAGGUGUUGGUACACAAGUAUCCCACUGGGGCCGGAGACAAUAGUUCAUUUGAAUCGUCAAACGUGUAGUCGUGAUCAAAGUAGUAGGAACCAAGAAGCCAUGCAUCAUGACAUUUAUCUUUCAAAAACUGUUUUACCAAGAGAAACACCAAAUCCCGCUGUCUGUAAUUAAACACUGAGUCUUGAAUCUAUCUUUCAUUGCGAGUCCCUUGCAUUUCCAUCAUUAAAACCAUUCAUCAUACACUUAAUUGUUAUCGUGCAAAAAUUUUCUAUUUUUAUUCUUUAUUUCCUGAAAAUCCAAAUCCAUUUUCAUACCCAACCAAACUUAUUUUGAGCUGAAUUGUAGAUCAACCCUCACUACAACCUCUCCACUCACACCCACCUUCCACGCAACAAUUGGUUCAUCCAUUUUCUGAGAUGAACCUCAACUUUUUCAUGUGACUUAUUUCAUAUGUUUCCAAUGUAUGUUUCAUUUUUCUUCCGUUCAAAUUAUUGGUCAUUCAUUCAAAGUUU